CCCGCUGCCGCUCCCGGCGGAAGUGGCGCACGCGGAAGGAGCGCGGAGCGGCCGCCCCGGUUUCCGCAGAGCAGCGCCGGGACCCCCGAGCGCGGCAGCCACCGCACCCAGAGAUGUUGCGCGGCCUGGGCAGCUGGCUGGGGCUGGAGCGGGCCGGGGAGGAGCAGCUGCUGCCCGCCGGGAAGAGGAGCAGUUCUGAGGAAGAGGAGGAGGAGGCGGGUCCGGCCCCGCAGGAGCAGGGGGAGCUGCAGGAGGACUCGGAGGCGCUGCUCAGCCAGGCCAAGGGGCUCGGCAGUUACCUCUUCAAUUUUGCCACUGCUGCUACAAAAAAGAUAUCUGAAUCCGUUGCCGAAACAGCACAGACAAUAAAGAAGUCUGUAGAAGAAGGAAAAAUUGACAGUAUCAUUGAUAAGACAAUUAUUGGAGAUUUUCAGAAGGAACAGAAAAAAUUUGUCCAAGAGCAGCAAACCAAAAAAUCAGAAGCCGCAGUGCCUCCCUGGGUAGACAGCAAUGAAGAAGAAACAAUUCAACAACAAAUAUUGGCCUUAUCAGCAGACAAACGGAACUUUCUGCGGGAUCCCCCAGCAGGUGUGCAGUUUAAUUUUGACUUUGAUCAAAUGUACCCUGUUGCACUGGUGAUGUUACAAGAAGAUGAACUUCUCAAUAGGAUGAGGUUUGAUCUCGUUCCCAAGCACGUAAAGGAGGAGGUGUUUUGGAGAAAUUAUUUCUACAGGGUGUCCUUAAUUAAACAGUCUGCACAACUCACUGCACUUGCAGCUCAACAGCAAGCAGUAGGAAAAGAAGAGAGCAAAGGCAGAGAAGAGGAUAGUGAACUGAAAGAAACAGUACGACCGAAAACACCACCUGUUACAAUAAAGCCUCAAAUAAAAUCUCAAGAGGAUGAGGAAGAGAUUUCCACAAGUCCAGGAGUAUCAGAAUUUGUGAGUGAUGCUUUUGAUACGUGUAAUCUGAAUCAGGAAGACCUAAGAAAAGAAAUGGAACAACUAGUGCUAGACAAAAAGAAAGAAGAGACUUCAGCAGUAGAAGAAGAAACUGCUGAUUGGGAAAAGGAAUUACAACAAGAGCUUCAAGAGUAUGAGGUGGUGACAGAAUCGGAAAAGCGUGAUGAAAACUGGGAUAAAGAAAUAGAAGAAAUGCUGCAAGAAGAAAAUUAAACAUUUUCACCAAAUUACUAUAACCCAAAGCUUUUUCUGAAGACUGACAUGGAUUUCUGCUUUCAUAUUUUGCUUACAGAAAUAUCUUCAAAAGACAUAAAAGAAUCUAAAAUCAUUAUAAUUCCAUAUGGGAAUACAACUAGUAUUUCUGUUCUUUAUAUGAGCAGUUUCUGAACUUCUAUAUUCUUCAAAAGAAAAAAAGAGGAGGCAGACACUGCAAGUUAUAUGCCAUAAUUAAAAGUGAUAACAUUAAUACAUGAAGCAACAGUUCACGUUUUUAGGUGGUCAAGAAGCUCUUCAAAGAGAUUUCUAAAUAUAAGAAUCAAAUUUUUUUUUGUCUACAGCCUUCUGUUUAGGAUGUAAAAAUGGGUGUUGUAAGUAACUUAGUCCUUGAAAACAAUUCUCUCUUGACAUUUGCACUCUGAUCCCUGUAUAAUCUGUAAAUGUGUACUAUUUUUGAGGUACUUGUAGCUGGUAGCUUUCAUGUGUAUUUAACUUCCUAAUGUAUGUAGCCAAUCAAUUUGUAGAAAACUCUAUUGAAUAACUUUCAAUGAUUUGUUAAAAAAUACUAAUGCAGACUCCAAAAGAAGCUGAUUAUUUUUCAGUCAGGUGGCAAACAUUUAAGCAUUUAAAUAAGAAUAGAAUUAUUAACUGCUUGAAUUAAAUUUGUUUUUGUUAAAUCCUCAUAUUAAGAUAUUGCCUUUCCCCACAGAGAGAAAUAGUUUAAUGCAUUCUCUCUGCAGAAGGCUGUUAUGUUUCCAUUUAAUUUUGCUGUCUGAGCUGAGAGCAAAUUAAAUGUUCCUCUUUAAGUGCUGAAACAUUUAUGUAAAAACUUUUGCUGGUUUGGACACCUUUAUUAAAUACUGUAGAUAUGUAUAAAA